UGAAGGGCCGAAACAGAUUUAAAAAGUAGCAGCAACACUCUGCGAAACUUGCAUGCAGUGUCAGGAGAGUGUAUGAGUUGACAUGAUGCGGGAGCACUAUAGGACAAACCACAGUGCUGAACAUUAUGACUCUGAUGACGACGGCAGUCUACAAGAGCUACUUGAGCAACCUGCUCAAGUUAAUGUUGAAGGUCGCACACAUGGACUACGUCAGGCCACACCAAGCGAACAGCAGCAGGUUACUCCGGCCACUCCAAGUGGACCGCAGCAGACCGCUCUGGCCACUCCAAGUGAACUGCAUGCAGCAGACCGCUCCGGCCACUGCAAGUCAACUGCAUGCAGCAGGCCGCUCCGGCCACUCCAAGUGAACUGCAUGCAGCAGGCCGCUCCGACCACUCCAAGUGAACUGCAUGCAGCAGGCUCUCCAGCUGCACAGCUGCUGCACACACCUAGAGAGAUUCGUCGUCAGCGAGAAAUCGCUCGUGUCAAGCUGCGGCAGCACAAAGUUGCAGUCAUGCACUUCACUGACGAAGAUGCGUGGGAAGACAGCGACUGCGCCUACACCAUCUUUGUGUCUCGGCUUACAGUAGUCGAAGAUGCUUUCCGUUCUGGAACAACUCUUUCUUUUCGUGAGAAAAUUGCAUGGCCACUUGUUGUCUGCUUCAACACGGAGGUUAGGGUGGACCAGGGAGGCCCUCAGCGAGAAUUCCUCAGUCUCGUGCUGAAGACAAUUGAGACGAUAGUGAUGUCGCAGGUUGCGCAGGUUGACGUGGAGAAAUUUUUUGUUGCUGGAAUAUAUUGUGCUAUAUCAAUAGUGCAAGCCGAAAUCUGUCCACCGUUCGUGUUGACAGUUCAGCAAGCAGCAUCACACCAGUGGGCAAGGGAAUUUUUGGACGGCCUUGAAGCUUUGAAAGUUAACACACUUCUUGCUGAUAACGAUAUCGCGAGGCUCUUCACCCAUGCACCUCUGAGCGCUGCCAGAGUGAUUACACUGUUCCAGUGUGACUUCAGCCCAGUGGGCACAUCCCGCAGGUAUCAGGAGGACGGACAUGGCGUUUAGUCAAUUCACAAGAUUUGUUACAGCUCUCGAAGAAGGAAAAGAGUAGUAUCACCUGUCAGACAGGCAGAAAUUCUGUACAGGAGCAGGUGUUAUUCCUGUUGGUGGGUUGUCGUGUCGCAAAAUACCUGUCACAUUCACCAAUGGCCAACAACUGCCAGAUGUUAGAACCUGUGGCACACUGAUGGAACUGAAGCUUCCAAUGGCAGCGGAAUACAGUUCCUUCAUAAAUAAGUGGUUGGGGGCCCUGUCAUCUUUAACAGAUGGUUUCUGGGUGGUGUAAGUGAAAGUGUGCAAGCUUAGCAAUGCCCAGCUAUUCUGUACAACUGUAAACACGUGUGUGCGCGCGUGCGUGCGUGCGUGCGUGCGUGCGUGCGCGUGUGUGU